AUGGCGAAACCGGUCGUGGGCUGUCCAAGAGUUUUCAGCAACCUUUGCCUAGUGCCGAAAAAAGGCUCACAGAAGGGAACACAACAGCUGUAUUCCGAACAAGCGAGUGAGUUAGAGUGCAAGAGCUUACUGGGGGGACACUGUCGGAAGCACGUGGUCUUACUUUGGUACGAGGCUGUGACGCGCUACAUAUUGCGGGGGUGUUGUCUGAUCUUGAUCAACGUUGACUCUCGCUGUCUGGGUUUGAUAUAUGGCUGUGACGCGCUGCAUAUUGAGGGCGUGUUGUCUGUCCAGUCAACAUCUAGAGGAGCUGAGAGUCUCAGUAAAUUUCGGGCACUCAGAGGUUGCAGGAAGGAAUCUGACCUUCCUGAUAUUUAUACAAUUGAUUUGCUAGCUGGACUGUCGCUGGUGCGGUGCACUGCGCAAAACACUCCCUUUCAAUACCAUCUGGACAUCAGAGGCUCUGAGGUGCUAUACCGAUUGGAAUGGAACGUCUCACAAGACCAAAAGCGGUUGGCUUUUCGAACGUGUUUGAAGAGCGAUCGCCUGAGAGAAGUCUCGGUACUUGGAGUUGGAUUUGGUCCGUACGAUGAACCGAGUAAUUUGGACCUUGUGAUGACCAUGAUUCCGUACGAGAACACUCCAGUGUUUGUAUACGUGUUGCUGAAAACUCUUCGACAGCCCACGACCGGUUUUGCCCUUCUUGGGGCUCAUCAGAACAUAAGGUUGACGGAAACUUGGGGACUGCGCCUACCUGAUGAGCCCCAAAAAGGGCGAAACCGGUCCUGGGCUGCCGAAGAGUUUUCAGCAACCUUACGUAAGACAUUAAUCAUAAGGUUGCUGAAAACUCUUCGACAUCCCACGACCGGUUUCGUCCAUCUCAGGGCUCAUCAGGUAAGCACAGUCCCCGUCAACCUUAUGUUCUACUUGAACCCGAAUUGGACAGAUUUCGACAUAUACACUUCAUUUGCAUAUCGAACUAAUUUUGACGGAGACUCACCUGAAACCCAGACAUUAAUCAUAAGGUUGCUGAAAACUCUUCGACAUCCCACGACCGGUUUCGUCCAUCUCAGGGCUCAUCAGGUAAGCACAGUCCCCGUCAACCUUAUGUUCUACUUGAAUCCGAAUUGGACAGAUUUCGACAUAUACACUUCAUUUGCAUAUCGAACUAAUUUUGACGGAGACUCACAUGAAACCCAGUUCCUGGUUCUUUUCAAAAGGGAGGGGGAGUUGACUCAGUGGCUACAGAAUGAAUUUACUGAACGCAAGGUCCGUGGUUCGAACCCAACCUCUGCAUUUCGAUUCCCCCUGUCUAGGCUUGAGCAACCUGGCAGCAUCCCCUGGACUUUCAUCACCACUCGGGGUCACAUCGUCAAUGCGGACCAGCACAACCCCGCACUGACGGUAUCGCACCGACUGAUGAUGCAAAAAGGAUUUACCGACGAUGAACGUGUCAUCCAGCUAGAGUCUGCAGUGAAACAUGACAACUCUGGAUUUUAUUGGGAAACACCCGAUCGAAAUCGAUUUUGCUUCGGUUUCGAACGACAGGCCCUGUCGUGUUCUCGACAUGGCUAUUCGAUUGACGCGAUCCGCUCGAACAUGUUCACCUGUUCAGACGUAAAAAUCCAGCUGCGUCCACCGUGCGCUAGUGGAGUGGUAGUAACACGCUCGUUCAAACCCCGGCACAGUCAAGGAUGUAAACAGAUGAUUAGCUCUAAUAUGAGCGAAACUCCGGUCCAGUGCUUCCCCCAUUUUGACCAGACGACACGUUUGUUCCUGUUCCAUCAGUUUGACACACUACGGAAGCUUCGAGAAUUCUAUUCCAGCAGGGGCCCAAGAUUUACCGCCUGGCUUCAUCGGAGCUCCAAACUACAAAAUGAAUUCGAAGGCUUUUGGUUGGGUGAUAAAAAAGUCCAAUUCUCAAGCAUACCUCAUUCACUUACUCGAGUUCAAUUAAUCAAGAGCCCAUUGGAACAAGAGCUGCGGGAAACGUACAAGGGCUCACGGAAUUUCGAACUGACAGUCAAUGAAGUUGAAAUACCCAAAGAGGAAACAACUUACUGGUGCAAAACGGAUCGGCUGCCGCAGUUUCACACCAAACAACAUAUUAUCAGGUUCGAACCUGUGCUUUCAGAAAGUAGCAAAGGAUUCGUUCAUCAUAUGGAGGUUUUCCUCUGUACCGGUCCUAAUCGUGUUGCUGAGUACAAUGGACCUUGCAAUUCCGAAGCCAAGCCAAUGGGAUUGCGUCAAUGCCGUCAGGUGAUCGCUGCCUGGGCUGUGGGAGCUACGGGACUCAGUAUGCCAAAAGAAGCAGGUAUCGCAAUUGGAGGGACAGGUGGGAUUCAAGACGUUGUGCUCGAGAUCCACUACGCUAACAUGCAUCAAGUCCAAGGGACGAUAUGGCUCGCAAAUUUGCUGAUCGAAAGGUCUGUAGUCCAAACCCGACCUCUGCCUCCCGACUUCCCUUGUUUGGGCUUGGACAACCUGGCUGUAUCCCAGCCCUCAUACUUCCUUCGGGUGGCAUGGCAGUUAGGCCCUGGAAAGGGUGCUACAGCUGAACGAUCUUUCACCAGAAUCGUCGAUAACAGCGGAUUUCGUUUCUUCCUGACCAGUCAGCUGCAUACGUUUGAUGUUGGUGUGAUCGAACUUGGUUUGGUCUAUUCUCCGAGAAAUUCAAUCCCUCCUGGACAGAAAAAGUUCUCACUCAGUGGAUACUGUGACAAUCGGUGUACGGAUUUGGCCCUUCCAGCUCAAGGGAUCACAGUAUUCGCUUCCCAACUCCAUACACACGGUACAGGUUGGAAGGUGGCUACCUAUCAUUUAAGGAAUGGAAGAAGACUGGCUGAUCUGAACCGUGAUGACCAUUACUCACCGCAUUACCAAGAGAUACGUUUGCUUCAGAAGCCAGUUCGGGUAUACCAGGGUGAUAGUCUUGUCACAAAAUGUACGUAUGAUACUACCCGGCUUUCGGUGGUCACAUUCGGAGGUAUCAGUCACAAGGAUGAAAUGUGCCUCAACUAUAUCUUCUACUACCCAAAAACCGACUUGGAAUUGUGCAAAUCCGAGGUCAGUCAGCCGGAACUGGAUGAGUUUUUGCAACAGAUGCUGAAAUGCAAAUCUAUCCGUUGCAAAUGCACUCUGAAUCCUCCUUCAAAAAGUGACUUUCCUAUUCUGACCAUAGAACAUCGACUGACAAAAAGAAACGUGGAAAUAACGUUAGGCGUUCGAUGA